AUGGGUUUCAUAGAAUAUGUGAAAUCUAUCAAAUGGGAACAUGAAUCUUAUCCAGCUUAUGAAGAUUAUAUUGUCCUUCCUCUUUUUGCUCUCUUCUUCCCCUUUGUUCGAUUCUUUCUUGACAGAUUUGUCUUCCAGAAACUAGCACAGCACUUGAUAUUUGGAAAGAAGCAUCAGAUGCUGGAUGUUCAGCCAGAUGAGAGAAGGAAGAAGAUAAGAAAAUUCAAGGAGUCAGCUUGGAAAUGCAUAUAUUUUCUUUCAGCAGAAAUUCUGGUUUUGUGUGUUACUUAUGAUGAGCCUUGGUUUGGUAAUACAAAAUAUUUUUGGGUAGGACCUGGAAUUCAGGCCUGGCCAGACCAAAAAAUGAAAUUAAAAUUGAAAGGAGUAUAUAUGUAUGCUGCUGGAUUUUACACAUACUCCAUAUUUGCUCUGAUUUUUUGGGAGACAAGGCGUUCAGAUUUUGGGGUGUCCAUGAGUCAUCAUGUUGCUACUGUCAUUCUCAUUGUGCUGUCCUACAUAUUAAGGUUUGGUCGUGUUGGUUCAGUUGUUUUAGCUAUUCACGAUGCUAGUGAUGUAUUUUUGGAGGUAGGAAAGAUGUCCAAAUACAGUGGUGCUGAAGGGAUUGCUAGCUUUGCGUUUAUUCUUUUUGUUUUGUCUUGGAUCUUGUUGCGGCUCAUUUACUAUCCUUUCUGGGUCCUUUGGAGUACAAGCUAUGAAGUUCUCCUGAACUUGGACAAGGAAAAACACCCGGUGGAUGGUCCAAUCUAUUAUUAUGUGUUCAAUUCUCUCCUCUACUGCUUGCUUGUUCUUCAUAUUUAUUGGUGGGUCCUGAUAUAUCGGAUGCUUGCUAAUCAAAUCAAAGCAAGGGGUCAACUUAGUGACGAUGUUCGAUCUGAUUCUGAGGAUGAACAUGAAGAUUGA